UUCUUUCAAUUUUUCAAUUAAUAGCUCCCUGAAAUUGUAAUUAAGCUUUUAGCUUUUGGAAGAACAAAAAACAGAGCUGGAGAAAUGAAGGAGAGUGGUAGAAAACAAGGUGCUAUGUCUCCAUGCGCAGCAUGCAAGCUUCUGAGAAGGAGAUGUGCGCAGGAUUGCGUGUUUGCUCCUUACUUUCCAGCUGACGAGCCCCAGAAGUUUGCCAGUGUGCACAAGGUUUUUGGUGCCAGCAAUGUCAACAAGAUGCUACAGGAAUUACCAGAGCACCAGCGCAGUGAUGCAGUGAGCUCCAUGGUGUAUGAAGCAAAUGCCAGAGUGAGGGAUCCAGUGUACGGCUGUGUAGGAGCAAUCUCAUCUUUACAACAACAAAUCGAUGCCCUCCAAACCCAAUUGGCCAUUGCUCAAGCUGAGGUGGUGCACAUGAGAAUGGGCCAAUUCUCAACUUCAUCAGCAACAUCCAAUGCUGCCACCACCACCACUUGUUCACCUGAUCAAAAAUCAACGGCUCCUAAUCAUUCUCAUCAUCAUAAUCAUCAGACCACCAAAUCCUUUUUUACCAUGGACAUGGUGGUUGAUCAGGCCAAUAUGGGAGAGUCUUUGUGGUCAUGUUAGCUACCUACCU